ACUUUAAAUCACUCUACCCGUCUAUUAAACUACCGGCAGUAUUUUGCGCCGUAAGAGACCUCCUGUUUAACAUGGUUAAUGAUAAUAGCUUACACCAACAGAUACUAGAAUUGGCACAUCUUAUCUGUUAUAACUCUUUUUUCCAAUUCAACGGGAUCACGUACGGCCAAGGAAGAGGCGUCCCCAUGGGUAGCCCCAUCGCAGGGGACCUAUGCGAAAUAGUGGUCAGACAAUUAGAAGAUAUAGUCAUCCCUCAAUACUCACCUAACAUCUUACUAUAUAAACGAUACGUGGAUGAUAUUCUCAUCUUAUGGAGGAUUGAGCCGGAUGUUUCAAGGUUCGUUGAUUCGUUCAAUGAUAAUCCAUACGGCCUGACCUUAGAGAUCGAUCAAGCUCACGCUUCUGAAGCCCAUUUUCUCGACAUCAACAUCAAGUUCGAACAAACAACUACCCGUACAGAAGUGUACCGGAAACCAGGGGCUGAGCAUCUAUACAUUCCAAUAGGAUCGUGCGAUCCACCGAACUAUAAAAUGGCAGCCUUCAACGCCUUAAUUAGGAGAGCAUACUCGCAUUCAUCGGAUCGGAUAUCCCUACAUGCCGAACUAAGACAUAUUGAACAAAUAGCCAACGAACAUGGUUAUCCCAAGAUCGUACGUAAAUUGAUCCGCAAAUGGCGCUGCCGAGAAGUAGCCCUUAACCAAGCACCCAAGGAAGUUCCAUCUAACAUCAUCCCGGUUACAUACAAUCCGUACCUGAAAUCAAUUUACAACACAAUAGCGAAGAAAAAGAAUAUUCGCAUCGCGUAUAGAAGAUGCGCCACAAUUUUUGACAUUUUACGGAACGGGAAAGAUACCCCAAACAAAGAACGACGCCCAGGGGUAUAUACCAUCCCAAUGAUUGAUCAUAGAUGGAACAGAAGCCUGAUAUACGUAGGAUCCACUAAGCGCUCCUUAGAGGUGAGAAUUAAAGAACACAUGGCGGAUAUUCUACAUGCAAGGCAAAACACCGCUCUUGCCGUCUAUGCCUCGGAUACGGAAAUAGAACCGUUAUUCAGCCAGGCCAAGGUAAUCCGCACUACAAAGUACACACACCACCUUAGAUGGCUAGAGGCCCUGUACAUAUGUAUGGCUACGCUUAAAGAUGACAAUUGCAUUAACAACAAAGACGAGAUCAUCCUGUCAACUGCAUGGCAGGUGCUCGUUGACAAAAAGUUACGUUAA